CUUGACGUCGCCAUUGUUGCGUCUCUCCGCCAGGAUGAAGAACUUUAGUCGAUUGAGGAGGAGCUCCGUGAGACGGCGACUGUCCACGAUGAAGCUGCGCUGAAAAGUUCUUACAGAGGAAUUUUUUUGCAGCAUUUUCCCCCGCGAAAAAGUGCCGCAGGAGUAGACGAUGAUGUCUGACGCCAGCGAGAUGUUGGCGGCGGCCUUGGAGCAAAUGGACGGCAUCAUCGCAGGCUCCAAGGCCAUAGACUACUCCAACGGGCUGUUUGACUGCCAGUCGCCCACGUCCCCUUUCCUGGGGGGCCUACGGGUGCUGCACCUGCUGGAGGACCUGCGGGCAGCGCUGGAGGUCAUGGACAACGAGGAACGGGACAACCUCCGCUGUCAGAUCCCAGACUCCACGGCGGAGGGUCUCGCCGAGUGGCUCCAGGGAAGAAUGACCAACGGUCACGGUGCAGAGGCACUCUACCAGGAACGUCUGACCCGCGUGGAGAGUGACAAGGAAUGUCUUAUUCUUCAGGUCAGUGUUCUCACAGAUCAGGUGGAGGUGCAAGGUGAGAAGAUCCGAGACCUGGACAACUCCCUGGAGCUUCACCGGGAGAAACUCUGCGCCACCGAGGAGCUGCUUCAAAAGGAGCUGUUGACCCGGUCGGCGCUGGAGGCCCAGAAGCUGGAGCUGCUGACAGAGGUGUCCAGUCUGAAGCUCAAGCUGAGCACUGUGGAGAGGGAUCACAGUGAUCAUGAAGGUUUGUACCAGGAAGUAAGCGAGCUGCGGCUCCGUGUGGCCGACAUCGAGAGCGAGCGGCUUCAGUGCGAGGUGAAAGUCAAAGCUUCCAAACCUCCAAAGCGGGAGCGUUUCACCGGAGCGGAGGUGAACAAGGAGGAACUGCAACUGCUGCAGAAUGAGCUGGAUGAGCGAGAGGCGGAGCUUCGGAGGCUGAAGGAGGAGAGCCGGUUGAAAGCGGGAGUGGGAGAGAGAGAUGCAGAAAUGGUGAAGUUGAAGACACUGCUGGAGUCGCUGAUGGCGGCCAACGAUGAGAAGGAACGAAGGAUUCAAGAGUUGGAGACGACGCAGGCAAAGAAUGUUCAGGAGAAUCUAAAAGGGCGGCCAAAGGAAGACGACUACCAUGACAUUCCAGAUGAUCCCUCGCUUCCUGAUGGGGUCACGCUGGUGUUGGAGACAGGAAGGAGCUCGCUGGAGUCCAGCCCGUGUAUGGCGGUGCUGGACGAGGUGAAGGAACUGGACCGAGAGCGACAGCUGCAGGCAGCAGAAAGACCAUCAGAUGGCGCCACAAUCACCAGCAGUGAGCCGGCUAAAAACAAAUCAGGAACUUCAAACUCGGCAAGCGACAAUGCUUUUGGGACCAAGAGGUUCCGCGCAUCCUUCGGCCGCGGCUUCUUCAAGCUGCGUGGGGGAAAGCAGACGAGGAGCACCCCUGACCUCGCUGAGACGGGGCGUAAAGGCGCGGAACAUUUGGACUUGGCCGGCACGCCCUCACGGAAAACCCAGGCCGGAGCGCUGCCCCCCUCUCCACCAGAGGCCAAAAAGAAGUCCAGAGUCUUCAGGAAGUUCUUUGGCAGGCUGAAGAGGAGCCACUCCACCUCCUUGAACCUUGACGACGACACCCAGAUGGAGUUCAGGCGAGGCGGCGUCCGAGCCACAGCCGGCCCUCGUCUGGGUUGGUCCCGUGAAUCUAAAAGCAGUUCUGGAGAUGUCCCCUUCUCCCGCUGGUCCAGAGACGACGUCUGCGAGUGGCUCCACGAGCAGGGCCUCAGCUUGUACGCAGCACCGGUUCACACCUGGAUCCAGUCUGGACAGACCUUGCUGCAGGCGUCGCAACACGAUCUGGAGAAGGAGCUUGGCAUGAAGCAUCCGCUGCACAGGAAGAAGCUCCAGCUGGCCCUACAGGCUCUCAGCUCCCAGGACGACCCCAAAGGCAAACUGGACCACCACUGGGUGACUCGCUGGCUGGACGACAUCGGCCUGCCGCAGUACAAAAGUCAUUUUGACGAAGCGCGUGUGGACGGACGCAUGUUGCACUGCUUGACGGUGGAGGACCUCCUGUCGUUGAAGGUGGGCAGCGUUCUUCAUCACCUCAGCGUGAAACGAGCCAUCCAGGUCCUCCGUCUCAACUGCUUUGAGCCCAACUGUCUCAGGCGACGCCCCUCUGACGAGAACCACAUGAGUCCGGCUGACGUGUGCCAGUGGACCAACCACAGAGUGAUGGAGUGGCUGCGCUCGGUGGACUUGGCAGAGUACGCUCCCAACCUGAGAGGCAGCGGCGUUCAUGGCGGGCUCAUGGUGUUGGAGCCGCGCUUCACCGUGGAGGCGCUCGCCCUGCUGCUCAACAUCCCACCCAGCAAGACGCUGCUGCGGCGCCACCUGGCCACGCACUUCCACCUGCUGGUUGGCACCGAGGCCCAGCGGCACAAGCAGGAAUGUCUGGAAAACCCAGACUACGCCGUGCUCACCGCUGCCGCCAAGGUCAAGCCCCGUCGUCUGUCGUUUGGCGGCUUUGGCACGCUCAGGAAGAAACGUCACGAUGACGGCGAGGAGUUGGUGUGUCCGAUGGAUGUGGACGGGGGCGUCAAUGCCGGGAUGCCGCUCUACGAGAACAACCUGGAGCAGUUUGAGCAGAUGGACGACUCAGAGGGCACCGUGAGACAAAUCGGCGCUUUUUCUGAGGGGAUCAACAAUCUGACCAGCAUGCUGGAGGACGAGGAGCUCUUUGGGGAGAGCUCAGCGAGUCCACUAGAGGGCGCAGCCGCGCACACGAGCAACACGCCCGAUUGAAAGGACCAGACACGAGGAUGGCUUUUACUGCUUUACCUUGCUCACGUGACACUGUGUGUGCACGCCGUCCAGGAAAGACAACAAGGAGAGUUGUUUUGCUGCAUAUAAUUCAAUAAUGAAACAUUUCACAGUUUUUACAUAAUUUUAGCAAUAAAGGAAAUGA